UCAUACUUAUUAAAACAAUUUGUAUAUUUUUCUGAACAGUUAUACUGAAAACAAUUUUUGAGGAUCGUUUUUUUGUCUUUCAACUGUCAUUCUACUACCAACUAUUUUCUUGGAAAUAACUCACAGAACUUUUGAUCAUUUUUGGCGCUUUACGCAUUGAGAUCCUUGCUGAAAGAUGCCAGAAAAGGAAUUAAUGAGUCCCAACGACAUCAAAUGUGUAAAUGAAUUAAAAGCAAGGAUGAAGGAUGAAUUAGAUGAAUCAUGCAACGAUCUCAAGAUUUAUCUUUUUCUGAAAGAGCAAAAUUUCAAUUUGGAUGCAACUGAAAACAUGCUGAAGAAACAUGUGAAAUGGAGAAAGAAAAAAAACGUAGAAGAAAUGAAAAAUUAUACUCCGCCUGAGCUGCUGAAGCAAUAUUUUGCCCAUACACUACUCGGACGAGACAAAGAAGGUUGUUUGGUGAAGUACUGGCCUCUUGGAAGCUUAGAUUUUAAAGGUCUCUUCUUGUGCUUCAAGUUCUCUGACAUGGAAAAGCUUUUUCUACAUAUAAAUGAAACAGACACGAAACUAUUGGAAGAAGAAAGCAAAAAGCGCAAAAAAGACAUUUAUCAAGUUACAUACAUAUAUGAUAUUGAAGGUAUCACGUUUGCAAGAGCCACAGAUAAAAAAGCUCUGGAAGCGUUGAUUUACCUGAGUCUUGCUUACUUCUCAAACUAUCCACAGCGUAUGAAGGCGUGUUAUCUUAUAAAUACUAAUGCACUAUUUAUUCAUGGAUUUUCGAUUUGCAAAAGAUUUCUUCCAAUAUCGGCAUUGAAUGCCAUUUAUUUCUUCGGAGCAGAUGAUUGGAAAGAUGUUUUGUUGAAAGACAUAGAUGCUGAAGUACUUCCAGCUUUUUUGGGAGGAACUAAAACGGAUCCUGAUGGAAAUCCAUUAUGUGAAACAUUGAUCAAAAGCAGAGGCUCCAUUCCGGAGAAAUAUUACAAGCAUAAAAGCAAAAGACCAUUGUCGAAAAUGCCUGGAGUGAAGCAGAUCACAUUAUCCCGGGCUUCUUUCCACGAAGAAUCAAUUGAAGUGAAGGAAAGUCAGUCCCUCCUGGAGUGGGAGUUCGAGACGAAGAGCAGGGACAUCGGGUUUGGACUGUUUUUCCGAGAUAUGUCUUCCGGGGAAGAAAAGAUGGUUGAAAUUGUCCCGAUUCUGAGGAUAGACACGGAUGAAUAUGCAGAGAGUGGUGUGUACAAAUGCGAAAAGGAAGGAACGUAUGUAAUUCUGUUCGACAACACAUACAGCUGGAUUCGACCGAAAGAAAUCUCUUUCAGAAUUGCAGUAAUAAAUCCAAAAGACCAUGACAACAAACUUCAUAGCAUGGAUGAAACGCUGCAGAAUGAAGAAUGAAAGUAUACUGGUAGUUCCUUCUGAGGAUGAGAAAUUACAACACGUGCUUUGUUUUGAUCAACGUCCAAAGAAAGAACGCAUUUGUUCAGUUCUAAGUACAUCAUACCAACUGCGACAGCAACAAAAUGCAACAGACACAAAAAAUGCUGUGGCUAUGGAUAUCAAACCAACAACGAAAAUUUAUCUUCUCCAUUUUACAUCACAGCUCUAUUAAUGAAUCAUGUCCCCUGUGUUUGAGAGUAAAUUUCAAUCACAGAAUAAAUGACAAAUAAUAAAUAAAGGCAAAGGCGUGUUUACCACAUUAUGCAGAGCGAAAACGUGUGCUGAAACGUAGAAAAAAGCUGAGGCUGUCGUCCUCACUGUAAAAUCAUCAUAAAUGUAAACACUGUUAAAAUACUUUUGAUUGAUAGAAAAAAAAUCAUGUUGUUCAAAGUUAACAAGUUUUGAUUCUCCUAUAAAUUAUGCUCAUGGAAAAAGAGCAUGUAUUCAGUACUUGUUGUGCAUUAUUUUG